AUGCGCGCCUACCAAGGCGACCUCACGGACCCGUCCGAUCCGGACCCGCCGGCGUUCUCCGCCUCGUCUGACCCGGACGGCCGGUUCCGCGACUUUGACGUUGCCGGCGUCGGUCUCGGGUUCCACCACUUUGCCGACCCGGAGCUCUCGGCGCGCCGCAUCGUCGAGCGGCUGCGGCCCGGCGGCGUGUUUGUCAUCCUUGACUUCCUGCCGCACGGGACCAUGGACGCCGCGCUGCCGGCGGCCAACACGGUUGUGCACCACGGCUUCUCCGAGGAGAGGAUGCGCGCAAUCUUUGAGCAAGCUGGCGCGGGCAAGGACUUUGCCUUGGAGGAGCUCGGGAGCGGCAUCGUUUUUGGAGGGCAUGGGCAUAGCCACGGGGAUGGUCACAAUCAUGGGCAUAAGCAUGGUGACGGGCAUGAUGAGCAUGGACACGGACAUGGCCAUGGGCACGGUCAUGGAGAGGGAAAGGAGGGGAUGAGGAGGAAGGUGUUCCUCGCGCGGGGAACCAAGGCGUAG